GGGCCUCUGGGGCCCGAAAGUGCUGGCGGCCGCCGAGCGCAGAGUGGGCAGGGAGCGCGCGCUCGGCGGCCGGAGCUGGCGGCCCGAGCCGAGUCCCGGAGGCAGCCCGCUCCGCCAUGGGCCUCCUGUCCGACCCGGUGCGCCGGCGCGCGCUCGCCCGCCUCGUGCUGCGCCUCAACGCGCCCCUUUGCGUGCUGAGUUACGUGGCGGGCAUCGCCUGGUUCCUGGCGCUGGCUUUCCCGCCGCUCGCGCAGCGCACUUACAUGUCGGAGAACGCCAUGGGGUCCACCAUGGUGGAGGAGCAGUUUGCGGGUGGAGACCGUGCCCGGGGCUUCGCCCGGGACUUCGCUGCCCAGCGCAGGAAGUUGGGGGCUCUGCCUGUGGCUUGGCUGGAGCGGACCAUGCGGUCUGUGGGGCUGGAGGUCUACAUGCAAGCUUUCUCUCGGACACUGCCCUUCCCGGACGAAGCCCACGAGCGCUAUGUAUUGGGAGGCUGUGCUUGGGGCCAAAGAGCACCGUGGUUGCGGAUGGUGUCGGGCACCAACGUGUACGGCAUCCUGCGGGCCCCACGCGCUGCCAGCACGGAGGCCCUGAUGCUCACCGUGCCCUGUGGCUCCGACUCAGACAACAGCCAGGCAGUGGGGCUGCUGCUGGCCCUUGCUGCCCACUUCCGGGGACAGAUUUACUGGGCCAAGGACAUCAUCUUCCUGGUGACAGAGCACGAUCUGCUGGGCACCGAGGCUUGGCUUGAGGCCUACCACGAUGUCAACAUCACUGGUAUGCAGUCUUCCCCGCUGCAGGGCCGGGCUGGGGCCAUCCAGGCAGCCGUGGCCCUGGAGCUGAGCAGUGACAUCGUCACCAGUUUGGAUGUGGCUGUGGAGGGCCUCAACGGGCAGCUGCCCAACCUUGACCUGCUCAACCUCUUCCAGACCUUUUGCCAGAAAGGGGGGCUACUGUGCACACUGCAAGGCAAGCUGCAGCCCCAGGACUGGACUUCGCUGGACGAGCCGCUGCAAGGCCUGCAGACACUGCUGCUCAUGGUUUUGCGGCAGGCCUCCGGCUGUCCCCACGGCCCCCACGGCCUCUUCUUGCGCUACCGUGUGGAGGCCUUGACCCUACGUGGCAUUAACAGCUUCCGCCACUACAAAUACGACCUGGUGGCAGUGGGCAAGGCUCUCGAGGGCAUGUUCCGCAAGCUCAACCACCUCCUGGAGCGGCUGCACCAGUCCUUCUUCUUCUACUUGCUACCUGCUCUCUCCCGCUUCGUCUCCAUCGGCCUCUACAUGCCCGCCAUUGGCUUCUUGCUCCUGGUCCUCGGUCUCAAGGCUCUGGAACUGUGGAUGCAACUCCAUGAAGCCGGAGUGGGCCCCAAGGAGGCCAGGGGGGCCCCCGGCCAGAGCCCCCCCCUCCCCCCAGCACAGGGUGUGGGACUGGCCUCGCUCGUGGCACCCCUGCUGAUCUCACAGGCCAUGGGCCUGGCCCUCUACAUCCUGCCGGUGCUGGGCCAGCACGUGGCUGCCCAGCACUUCCCUGUGGCUGAGGCCGAGGCUGUGGUGCUCACCUUGUUGGCAGUAUACGCGGCCGGGCUGGCACUUCCACACAACACCCACCGGGUGACGAGUGCGCAGGCUGCAGACGGGGGCUGGAUGGCGCUGAAGCUGGUGGCCCUGAGCUGCCUGGCGCUGCUGCUGGGCUGCGUCGCCAUCACCAACUUCUCCCUGGGCUUCCUGCUGGCCGCCACCAUGGUGCCCACCGCGGCGCUCACCAAGCCCCAUGGGCCCCGGUUCCUCUGUGCCGUGCUGCUGGUGCUGACGAGCCCGGCAGCUGUUCUCCUGGGCAGCCUCUUCUUGUGGCGGGAGCUGCAGGAGCUGCCGCUGUCACUGGCCGAGGGCUGGCAGCUGUUCCUGGCGGCGCUGGCACAGGGCGUGCUGGAGCACCACAUGUACGGCGCCCUGCUCUUCCCGCUGCUGUCCCUCGGCCUCUAUCCCUGCUGGCUGCUCUUCUGGAACGUGCUCUUCUGGAAGUGACAUCCGCCUGCCCCAGCCGUGCAGCCAGGGUUCCCGGCCCCCAUUUCUCCUCUUCCUGGGAAAUAAAGGGAAGUUCCUGGUCUUUCUA